UCCUCUGAGAGUGUAACCCUCCGCCUGCGGUAGAUGUACUGAGGCUGGAGUAGCCACCAUUUUGCAUGUCUAGUGUGUUCCUCCCUCCAUCGCUAAUAGAGACGAUUCCAGUCCUUUUCUGGCGUCAUUACGGCUAAACAUGCCAGCUCCGAUCAGACUGCGGGAGCUGAUCCGAACCAUCCGGACAGCACGGACCCAGGCAGAGGAGCGAGAGAUGAUCCAGAAGGAGUGUGCUGCUAUUCGCUCUUCAUUUAGAGAGGAAGACAAUACGUAUCGUUGCAGAAAUGUGGCAAAGCUGCUGUAUAUGCACAUGUUGGGCUACCCAGCACACUUUGGACAGCUGGAGUGUCUGAAGUUAAUUGCGUCCCAGAAGUUCACAGACAAACGAAUAGGCUAUUUGGGAGCUAUGCUGCUGUUAGAUGAAAGACAAGAUGUUCAUUUACUAAUGACAAACUGCAUUAAGAAUGAUUUAAAUCACAGCACACAAUAUGUUCAGGGCCUGGCUUUGUGCACUUUAGGGUGUAUGGGAUCAUCGGAAAUGUGUCGUGAUCUGGCAGGGGAAGUAGAGAAGCUCCUCAAAACAUCAAACUCCUACUUGAGGAAAAAAGCAGCAUUGUGUGCAGUUCAUGUGAUCAGGAAGGUUCCAGAACUUAUGGAAAUGUUCCUUCCAGCAACAAAAAACCUGCUGAGUGAGAAGAACCACGGUGUUCUCCAUACAUCAGUCGUUCUCCUCACUGAGAUGUGUGAAAGAAGUCCUGACAUGCUGGCCCACUUCAGAAAGAAUGAGAAGCUGGUUCCACAGUUGGUGAGAAUCCUGAAGAACUUAAUAAUGUCUGGAUACUCUCCAGAGCAUGACGUGUCAGGCAUCAGCGACCCCUUCCUGCAGGUUCGGAUAUUGAGAUUACUGCGAAUUUUAGGCAAAGGUGACGACGACUCAAGUGAAGCAAUGAAUGACAUUCUUGCACAGGUGGCAACAAACACAGAGACAAGUAAAAAUGUAGGUAAUGCAAUCCUCUAUGAGACUGUUCUGACUAUAAUGGAUAUCAAGUCAGAAAGUGGGCUGAGGGUUUUGGCCAUUAACAUUCUAGGACGCUUCCUUCUUAACAAUGACAAGAACAUUAGAUAUGUUGCGUUAACAUCUCUACUAAAGACAGUACAAACGGACCACAAUGCAGUGCAGAGGCAUCGGAGCACCAUUGUGGAUUGUUUGAAAGACCUGGACGUGUCCAUCAAGAGACGUGCAAUGGAACUGAGCUUUGCCCUUGUGAAUGGAAACAAUAUCAGAGGCAUGAUGAAAGAGCUGCUCUAUUUCCUGGACUCCUGUGACCCUGAAUUCAAAGCGGACUGUGCAUCAGGAGUUUUCCUCGCUGCUGAGAAAUAUGCUCCUUCAAAGAGAUGGCACAUAGACACCAUCAUGAGAGUGCUGACAACAGCCGGAAGCUAUGUCCGCGACGACUCCGUGCCCAACCUCAUCCAGCUUAUCACCAACAGUGUUGAAAUGCAUGCUUACACUGUGCAGAGACUGUACAAAGCCCUUCUGGAUGACAUCUCACAGCAACCCCUUGUGCAGGUGGCAUCGUGGUGCAUAGGAGAGUAUGGAGACCUGCUCCUUUCAGGGCAGUGUGAGGAAGAGGAGCCCAUUCAGGUGACUGAGGAUGAAGUUCUUGAUGUGUUGGAAGGUCUGCUCGUUUCCAACUUGUCCACACCUGUGACCCGAGGUUAUUCCCUCACGGCUAUAAUGAAGCUCUCCACUCGCUUCAGCAGUGUAAACCGAAUCAAGAAAGUAGUCUCGAUAUACGGCAGUAGUAUCGAUGUUGAGCUUCAGCAGAGAGCUGUGGAGUACAAUGCACUUUUCAAGAAAUACGACCACAUGAGGCCGGCUCUUCUUGAGCGGAUGCCCAUCAUGGAGAAGACUGCUUCCAACGGCCCCACGGAAAUUGUACAGACAAAUGGGGAGACGGAGCCUUCAGUUGUGGAACCAAAACAUCCACCGCCUGUCAACCAACCAGCCAGUCAGGGUAAUGAUUUGUUAGACUUGCUGGGUGGUAACGAUGUGCCAGUAAUCCAAACCACCAUGCCCACCAAGCCUGCCUCAGCUGGAGGAGAACUUCUUGAUCUUCUGGGUGAUCUAUCAUUAGGUGGUCCAGCUCCAGCUCCUGCUCCCCCAGCUCCCGCUUCUCAACCCCCUUUCCUCUUGGAUGGGCUCUCUUCACAACCUCUAUUCAAUGACAUUGCAGCUGCAGGUAUCCCUCCGAUGACAGCAUACAACAAAAAUGGCCUGAAAAUAGAUUUUACGUUUGAAAGAGCAAAUCCCAACCCAAAUGUUGCAGUCAUUACCAUCCAUGCAUCCAACUCGACCGAGGCAGAUAUGACUGACUUUGUUUUUCAGGCUGCAGUACCAAAGACAUUCCAGCUGCAGCUCCUCUCACCCAGUAGUAAUGUUGUCCCAGCACUCAACCAGGGAACGGUCACACAGGUCAUCAGAGUUCUCAACCAACAGAAGCAACAGCUACGAAUGAGGAUCAAGCUGACGUACACCCACAAAGGCUCGGCUGUGCAAGACCUGGCUGAGGUUAACAACUUCCCUCCCCAGUCCUGGCAAUGAUGACCCGCCUCUGUUGCUUCUUUAAAACCCCACCAAGGGAACUCUGAAAAUGAUUUUUCUCUCACCUCCCACUUUUCUUCCAAUGGAUCCCCCUGUGAUGUCACUGCAGACCACAGCCCCGGAGUUGCAUGGGAAGCAGCAGCGCAAUGAAUGCAGGAGAAAAACACAGAUGUUACAAUGACCUUAUUGUCACUAAAGGAGUAAUUGGGAAACAUAUCAAUUAAUGAACUUUCUCUUUAUCCUUUCAAAUAGAUUUCCAUAUUCUCCUCACUUAGUAAGCUUUACUAUUUUUCGCACAUCCUCUGCUCAGCACCAUCAUCUCCUGCAGAAGCACACAACCACUGUUCAACAUGGCACACUUGACCUCUCAGGUAACUGCAGAGAGGCAAGUGUGGCCUGAUCCAGCAGUGCAGUUUCUAGAAUUUUCUGUUGCAGUGCAGUGGAGGCUCUUUGCUCCCUUGACAUUUACGAUUGGCCUUACAUUCAGAUUUCUACAGGAACUCAGAUGGCAGCAGGUAAAGCUCUUGACAGAUCUUUUAUAACAGUCAUAAAGAUGUUUUUCAUCUUCCUUCGUGUAACUUUAUAAGAGUUGUGUUCACUUUGAAUGCAUUUACCUGCUUAAAGCGUCUUUGAGCAGUGCUAUCUUAUUACCUGUCACUGGCUCUGCUUGUAGAUGUCCUCUUCCCAGUUUGCUGUAAGAAGCUGACUACAUUUGCUUUGUAACAACUGUAAAAAAAAAAAAAUACAGGGAUUGAUUACAAAAUGCUCACUUUGUUCAUCUGUGGCUACUUUCAAAAAAUCCGAUUUUUCAUUUGUUGGAAAGUGACAGCUUGAGAGGUGUAUAAUAAAUCCAAGAGUAAAUUAAUAGUUUAGGAUGUUGAUUUACGAGGAUUAGGACUAUCUGCUCAAACACAUUUAUUAAGGAUCUGAUUUCUAACUCUUCCUGCAUUUGUGUCUAGUUUACUUACACAGCAGAUGUUUUAUUUAACCUGGGUAAACUUGGUCACCAUACACCUUUGACAUGUAAACUAAGGUUAUGAAUGUAGUUACAUGCACUGAAACCUUAUCUUCUGUUUCCCCUUAUUUCUACUUUCCAUGUCUUCUUUGAUGGGUCUCUCAUCUUAUCAGCACUAUUUUUGUGAAAAUAGGUUUUAUUUCUGCAGUAAUUGACUUAAUUUAUGCCUGGUAUCAAAGUGAUGUGCCUUUCUGACUUGGCAAGAUAAAAGCCUGGAACAUUUGUGUUCUGUUUGAGCUUUUUGUGUGAUGAUAGUGUUCUCAGUCUGAGGGAAAGUGGUUUUCUUAGAUUUGAAUUGAUAUAUCAUUUUCUUUUUGUCCAUUCUGUAUGUAUGACUUUAUUAAUCUACCACUAAUAUGUUGCAGAUGCAUAAAUUAUAGGUACACCGAUUUGAUUAUUUCUUUGCAGUGUGGCAGAAUGUCCCAUUUAAAAAAUGACAAACCCUAAAAUCUAAGCAAAUUUUUAAAGAUUUUUGCAAUUUAAUGGAUGCAACUCGGAAGCACGAGGCUUCAUUUAGUUUUUCAAAGACAUUUAUAUUUAAAUAUUCUCUUCUCUUUCCACCAAGUCAUGAACAAAGAUGUAAUUGAGAGAACGGAUCCCUUGAACGGAUUUUGCAUCAGCUGCGAGACGAUUUGAGCAUUAUUUCACAACUCUCAUCUUCUCCAAGUCAGAAUUGUGACCAUGCUGUUUGGAAUGGUGACCCCCGAUAUCUCACAUCGUUUCCAUCUAGAUUGACAACUCUGUUGAAUCAAAUGGAGGCUCUGCAUGACAGUUUGUGCAUCUCCAUUGCUUCCCUUUGCCAUGCUGCGUAGAGAUCCUCAAAUGUUCAAUCAGGCUGUUUGAUUACUUUCACUAUCUUCUAACUUAUGUGACCAAAUCGGAAAGAUUAUUAGCUUUGGAAAUAUUUUUGAGCAAUGUGUAUAUGGAGAAAAUUAUUUCAUUUAAACCUUUUUUUUUGGUUGUUGUUGACAAAUGUUAUAUUGGCUUUUUUUUCUCUGUACAUAUUGAGGGCUUUUACAAUUUUUGUCUCUUGUACUAUCUUUCAUCCUUUUUUAGAUACCAUUUUCUAAAAAACAAAAAAUAAUUAUUCACAAUGUAUAUUGUCUAAAUAGAUUUAGUCGGCAUCGGUCUAUUCCCUGUAUCAUCACUCAUUGUAAGAGAUAUACGAUCUGCUGCCUGUACAUUGUAUAUAGUUGUAAAACAAACAACUGCUGAUCAGAUUAAAUAAAAACCACAUUAAAGAUUAGUUAGAAAAUAUAACUGUAUGCAUAUAUGUAAAAAAGAAAAAAAAACAAUCUUAGAAGGAUGCAAAUGAGCCGCAUUUUAUUUACUAUUUGUCAGACUUCACAUCAUCUUUGCUUAUCUUACAGAGUUUUACAAAGCAGGUAUGGAAUUAAGAUUGUGGGGUUGGAAUCUGUCUUAACAUGUUUCGACUGAUGACUUGUACCACUGAGAAGCUCAUUGGCAGAACAGUCACUUUGCUUCAUUAGCUUCCCAGUACUCAAAACGCCUCAUAUAUCCUUCAAGAAGAGAGGCUCUCUUGCCAAUAUGCAUCUCCAUUUGGCCUUCUGUGCAUUCUUGACAUUUUCUUCAACCCGCAAAUGUUUCGAGAGGGGUGUCCCGUUUUUGUCUGCAAGUUUGCUACCUGUUACUGUUGUGUCAGCUGCAUAUCACCUUCUGAACAAGCAAGGACACAAGUGCUCUGCCCUAACGGUUUCUUUUUAAGUUAAGUCUUCUGCUUCCUGUUGUCGUCAGAAAGUGAAUUCAUAGGAAUUUUCUUUGUUUCUCUGCAUUUUUCGUUUAGAUUUUAACAACAGAAAAUAUUAGUUUGCAUGCCACAACUUUAAUUGCUAAUUUGUUUAUAAUCAAACAUGAAUAGUGAUGUGACAUUAAUUGAAGUGCUCACUAUUUGCAGUGCAAUCAAACAUAAUUCUGAAUCAGAACGAAGAUAAAACAUUUUUUUUAAUUCUUUAACUUGACCAAGCUAACAUGGAAAAAUGUGUGCUUCAUUCUAAUAAUCACAAGGGGGAGCUGUGCAAAAUGGAAGAGUGAUUGGAUGAGGAAGGAAGGGUUUCAAGCAACUAUUCCUGAAUGUUUUUUUGUGUGGUUUGUAUCGUCUCAAUCACAAUGUAUGUACCCUGUUAAUUACACGGAUUUCUUUCCUGAUGCUGUUUAAACUGUACAAAUGAAAUGAGCCCAGCAGAAGUGCUUUGGACACUAACGAGAGGAGGAGGAAGAGAUGGAAACGAAGGCCCAUCAGCCUCGAAGGUGUAAACUUGUCUUUUACUGAUAUUUUCUUUUUUCUUUUUUUUUUUUUGGCUGCAGUUUCAAAAUUCAGCUCAGAGCUGCAUGUGGAAAAACUGUAAAUAACAUCUUUCUACUUUUGACCUCAACUUUUCUUUUUUUGAAAUGCAAGAGUUAUAACUACAGUCACCACCCUUUCAUAUGUUUGUACUAACCAAUAUGAUUAGAAGUUGAUCCAAAACUCACUGUUAAUGCUUUGAGAGGGCCAUGAAGGUGCACAUCCCACGUUUGGAUUACCGUACUCGGGACAUUUGCUUCUUUUGUUUGGAUGAAGCCAUUGUGUAAAGGGCUUGGAAGAGCAUCUGAACGUGUUCACUCUCCCCGUUUGUUAAGAAAUAAUUUAAUCCACUGUAUCUCGAAAACAUGAUCUGUGUCCCGCCCCCUCCAAGACUUCUGGCUGAAAAGAAAAAGGUUUCCAAUUAUUGUUGGGGUGGGCAAAGGCAUGAUGUUCACUUUUUUCUCGUCAGCUUUGACAGAAACAGUUUCUCGGUUCCAUGGCUUCAAGGAGUGAAUGAAUGUCAGACUGAAAGUAUGAACUUAUUAAAGAUGAGAAGCUGUAAACUAUUAAAUGGGAUAUUUUCAAUUUA